CGGAGUGAUACGGAAAAGCCUGCUGCCCACCCUGUAAAUUAAACGGUGGAGGGACGUCGUGCGCCCUGCUGAACACAGAUAUCCAUGUUGCGUCUCCUGAGAAGUCAGACUUCAUCUUCUUUGCCCUGAUUAGCAGCAAAGGCGCAGAGAUAACUGAGUCACCGUGGACUGGAAGAAACAAGGGAAUCGUUCUGGGAUUUAUAUCAUAAACGCUAAAUAAUUAUUACUAAUGUAUCUAAAGAAGUGCGAGCAACAAACAAAGGAAUACGAAGAGAUGUCUGUUUUACUUUCCGUCUUCCUGUAUGUAUUUCCAUCUUGAGAUAUGAGGUCUUUGUUUACGAGCUAAAUUGGGAGCUGGCUUCGCAGUUUAUUUUUCUCAGUUUUCCCCAGUCCUUUGUGUGUUUUAAAGAGGGGCUAACCGUUGUAAGGAUAUUAUCGGACAGAAGUGAAAUCGAGGUUGUGACCGGACUUUAAACGAAAUCAUCCUUGAAAUUGUUCAAUCAGUAAGCGGAAACUAAGCCCCUGCAAUGCCAGGUCUCCCAGCAGCCUGCUUCUCUGUGAGCUGAGAGCGGGAAGAGUAGUGCGAGCAUGAUGCUGUUCCAGGUGGCCAUGCUGGAAGCGGCACAGGAUCCCUCUGCUCUGUCCCGGAGGAUCUGCGUCUUAUCCCUGUCCCUCAUCCUGCUGCUCCUGCCAGGAACAGCAGGCUCCAACCUCAACUGCCACAAGACUUGCAUCUGUGCUAGCAACAUUGUCAGCUGCUCCAAAAUGAACCUGUCCAGCAUCCCCUCCACCCUGCCUCAGUAUAUGGUUGUGCUGGACCUCAGCUACAACAUCCUCCCUGGACUGCGUUCAGACUGGACCAGCGUCAAACUGUUAAAACUCCACAACCUGCUGCUCAGCCACAACGGCAUGACCUUUGUGUCCUCCGAGGCCUUCCUGCAGGCCCCUCGUCUGCGCUACCUGGACCUGUCCUCCAACAACCUGCGGCAGCUGGAUGAGUUCCUCUUUGAGCCCCUGACCCAGCUGGAGGUGCUGCUGCUCUACAACAACCAGAUCUCCCAGAUCGACCGCUCCGCCUUCAACGGCCUCCGGAGCCUGCAGAAACUGUACCUCAGCCAGAACCGGGUCUCCCGGUUCCCCCUGGAGCUGGUGAGGGAGAGGACCCGGCCAGAGAAGCUCAGCCUACUGGACAUCUCGUCCAACCGGGUGAAGGUGCUGCCCAUUGCUGAACUGCAGUCCCUGCCAGCCUGGAUCAAAAAUGGCCUGUAUUUCCACAACAACCCGCUGGUCUGUGACUGUGCUCUCUACAGUCUGCUGGCUCACUGGCACAUCCGGCGGCUCAACUCUGCCCUGGACUUCAAGGACGAGUUCUCCUGCAUCCUGCCGGGUCCGCAGAAGACCACGGUGGGCGUCUUCACUCUGAAUGGUGUGCACAUGAACUGCAGCACGUACAAAGAGGUGGACGAGGAGACCUACCUGGACCAGACACUGGUCCUCAAGUGUGACACCCGGCACCGGGACAUGCAGAAGAUCUGGGUGACGCCCAGCAAUAUGGCGGUGAGGCCCGGCAGCAAUCAGAGUGCAGUGGCCCUCCCAGAUGGCAGUCUGCAGGUUGGGCCAAUGCGGCCUGAGGACGCAGGGGUUUAUACAUGCUUUGCCGUGAGCGAGGCUGUGAACGAGACCCUGUACAUCUUUGUGAAGGUGCACAACUUUACCCUGAACGCAGGCAACGAGAAUCUGAACACCGCCUACACCACGCUGGUGGGCUGCUUGGCCAGCGCGGUCCUGGUGCUUAUGUACCUGUACCUGACGCCCUGCCGCUGCUUCUGUUGCUCAGGCAACAGCAAGGCUAGGAACCAGCGUGAGGACAGCAUCCACUCCUCCAUGAUAAGUGCCACGCCCACCCACGAGGACCCGGGCGCCAAGGCGGGCCUCCCCCGGCACGUGGCCUUCAUCGACCCCAAGGAGCUGCAGGGGCAGAACGGCAAGGUCACCCCCAAUGACCAGCAGGAGGCACUCCUGGGGGGGGAGCUCCAGGGGGAGGGGCUCCAGAGGGAGGGGCAGAGGAAGAGGUCGGAUGCAGACUCCAUCAGCUCGGUCUUCUCUGACACCCCCAUUGUAGUCUGA